AUGGGACGCGCUCACUCGAACGCUUACACCCAAAAUCCCGCAACCGAAUUGGUUGCGGUAAUGGAUGUGAACACGGAAUCGGCGAAACGCCUUUCCGAUGAGUUCUCUAUUCCCGCUGUGUAUACCGACUACAACCAGAUGUUAGAAAAGGAAGCGCUCGAUAUUGUGAGCAUCACGACGUGGCAGGGAGUCCGCGCUGAGAUUACGAUUGCUGCGGCAAAGGCGGGAGUCAAAGGCAUCAUUGGCGAAAAACCGAUGGCGGCUGCCCUAGGGGAAGUAGACGCUAUGAUUGCAGCAUGUGAUGAGCAUGGUGCUAAGUUAGUCAUCGGACAUAACGGACGUUUCAACCCAGCAAAUACCGAGAUUCGGAGGCUUGUCCAAGACGGUGCUAUCGGACAACCGACGCUGCUCCAUCGGAGGUCGAAGCCGAAUGCAGGUUUGCUCAAUAUCGGCACACAUGCCAUCGACGGGAUGCGAUACCAUCUGUCGGAUCCGGAAACGCUCUGGGUGAUUGGUCAGGUUUCUCGUACCACUAACCGAUGGGAACGUCGUACACGAUGUGAAGAUUUGUGUAUGGGGUUGAUCUGCUUUGAAGGCGGAGCACGCGGUAUCUAUGAAAGCGACCUGCCCGAACCCACAGUCUCGGCAGCGAUAGUCUCCGGCACAGAUGGACAAAUCAAAAUGGGAGAGGAUGGGACUGUACUGCUUCAGAACAAUCAAGCGAGCGGUUGGCAGGAAAUUCAACCGCGCCCGGAGCCGAUCGAUCAGUACCAAGAGCUAAUUGAUUGGAUGGAGGGAAAAAUUACUGAACAUCGAAGCACGGGACGACAGGCACGGUAUACGAUGGAAAUCAUGAUGGCGAUCUACGAGUCGUUACGGAUCAAAAAUGUGGUCACGAUGCCGCUCGAAACCAGCGAAUCGCCGCUUGAACUGCUGAUGGAUGAGGGUGUUUUCCCUGAGUUGACAGAGGGACGUUACGAUAUUCGAAGACCUUUUCCAGAACAAGGAAAGCGCACAUAA